AUGUCCAUCACUAAUCCGUCAGCUGAGGUCGCUAAGAGGUGGAAGCGGUCAGACGUUCUUAAAUAUUUGAAGUCCAAGCAGGAUGAGAUGGAUCUGGAUGACGAAGAUAUAAGAUUAUUGAGAAAAAUAAGGUCGCCGAAGAUAACCCCUCCAUAUAACCUUCUCGGCGGACCAGCCGGAACCAUAGCACUUUUGAUCAAGGCACUUAACGGUGAAGUACAAGUACCGGCAUCUCUCCAGGAACCAGAAACUUCUGAAGAUUUUGAAAAGACGCGUAUUAACGAACUCCCUCAUAAUCCUAUCUCGACUUCUGAAGAAAAUUCAGUUGGCACUCACUUGCCCGAAAAUGAUUUACCCGAAGCUACCCGUAUCAAUAAACAAUCUCAUGAUCUCGUUAACACUGAACAUGAUUUACAAAUUGCCAAAGCUAUUGAAAAGACUCAUGAUCCUAUAUCGAUUUCUGAAGAAGUUGACGCUCACUUGCCUGAGAUUGCCUCUGGGCUCCUCCGUUAUUAUGAACUUUGGAAUUGUCACUAUACCAAAUGGCCAGGCCUCAACGAAUUUUCUAAUCAUCUACGUGAUGUUAACAAAGAUCGUGUUCAUAAUUCGUUUAAGAGGGAAAUAAAUGUUUUGCGAAAGCUGUUUGCAGACGAACAUCCAGCACAAAUGCACCUUUCACAGUUGGAGGCUCAAUUAAAGGCAAGCUGUGUGCUUGUAGGCAAGCUGUGUGCUUAG